AACGUGUGUGCCUACAUGUAAUAAAAAAUGUUGGAGAAAUCUUUGGUGUAAUACAUGUUGAAAUUGGAAUCAUUUGCCAAACCUACCUUGCCUAUUUCGUCAAAGCUAUCUUUUAAUAAUAAAUUAAACAUUUAAGUACAUAUUUUUGUCUUAUGCCCUGAAAACCUCAAGUACGCCCUACAAUCCUGGCCAGUUGUUUCAUGAUGAGGGUGUCAGCUGCAGCAAUUACCCUAUUCAUUUUUUGUUUGUUGUUGAUAUCUGUUGUUGUUGUUGCCUUGGAGAUGAACGAUUUUUUUCCAGAUGAGCGAAAUGCUUUGAUACAACUGAGAGAUACGGUCAACUCCACAUCGAACUUGCAAGCAAAUUGGACAGGGCCACCAUGCAUCAGCAACAAUCAGAGCAGGUGGGCUGGAAUUGCCUGUUCGGAUUGGCAUGUUGUACAUUUGGUUCUUGAAGGAGUACAGCUGACUGGUCCCCUCCCAUCUAUGUUCUUGCAGAACCUGACAUUCUUGACCAAACUAAGCUUGGCAAACAAUUUGCUGCAAGGCCCUCUUCCCAAUCUCACAAAUCUAAUGCACUUAGAAUUUGUUUUGAUGUCGAGAAAUCACUUCUCGGGGUACAUACCUUUUGGUUACAUUGAACUUCCCAAGUUAACCAAUUUGGAGCUGCAAGAAAACGACCUCUCAGGUGAAAUUCCACCCUUGGAUCAGCAAUCUUUGAUUGGUUUCAAUGUCUCCAACAACAAACUUGAAGGACCCAUCCCUGCAACUGGUGUGCUCCAGAGAUUUCCAAUGAGCUCUUAUGCUAACAAUUCCGCUUUGUAUGGAGAUAUUCCAGGACUAGUGUUAAGCCCCUGUCCAAACGACGUUCCUACUCCAGCGCCUGCUCCUUCAUCAAGAAAGACAGAACAAGGUGCCCUUCAAUCAUGGAGCAUUGCUCUAAUUGCAGCAGCAGCCAUCCUUGUCCCUCUUUCUGCCAUCUUUAUAUUUCUCUGUUACCACGGAAGAGUUUAUCGGAGAAAAACAAAAAAAGGCCGAGACUUGCCAGGGGAGGUGAAUAUAGACGGGAGAGUGAGGGGAUCGCAUUGGUCGUCAGAUGAUGAUGAUGAAGAAGAGAUAAGUGUGGAAUUGGAGUUCUUGGAGAAGAAGCCCAUGUUCGACUUGGACGAUUUGCUGCGUGCGGCUGCUGAAGAAAUUGGAAGGGGGGAAUUGGGGAGGACAUACAAAGCAAUGCUUGAAUGUGGUUCUGUAGUGGCGGUGAAGAGAAUAAAGGAAAUACAAGUGAUGAGCAACAAGGAGUUUGUGCAGCAUAUGCAUCUACUGGGGAAUAUCUCCAAGCACGAAAACCUGACGGAGAUAAUAUCAUUCUACCACUCGAAAGAGGAGAAGCUAAUCAUAUAUGAAUACGUAGCAGAUGGCAGUCUGUACAGCCUGCUCCACGAGAAUAGAAAUGGAGAAGCACGGGUGGCAUUGGAUUGGAAAACAAGAGUGAGGAUAAUAAAAGAAAUAGCAAAGGGGUUGGAGUAUCUGCAUGAGUGCUUGGUUUGUCAUGGAAACCUCAACUCGUCGAAUGUUCUAAUCAAACAGCAAUGCGUAAAUGAGCAGCAGCAGCGUAUAAUUAGGGUUAAGCUGACGGAUUAUGGAAUGGAGGGUGUGGUGCCUGCGCAUAAGCUGUGGAUAAGAGAAACACCAGAGUUUAUAAACAGCAACUGCAGGGAGGGGAUGAUGAUGAUGAAGAAGAAGAAGCUGACGAGCAAUGCGGGUGAUGUCUACUGUUUUGGGAUACUCGUAUUAGAAAUAGUGACGGGCAGACUUCCAUAUUAUUCGAAUACUCGUGAUAGUACAACAGCAGGAGGAGGAGGAGGAGGCGGGGAUUUGUCGGGCUGGGUAAGAGCAGCGGUGAACAAUGAUUGGUCGACAGAUAUACUGGACAUGGAGAUAACUGGAGAUCAUAAUUAUGUAGAUGAUAUGUUGAAACUCACAGAGAUAGGCCUCCAUUGCACCAAUUCUUCCCCCCACAAGAGACCUACUAUCACCCAAGUCUUGGCUACACUACAACAUAUUGUUUAAUUAUUUAAUUCAUUCAUUCUUGUUUUUAAUUAAGUUUAUACGAUUAAUUAUGUUGUGUACAAGAACAAAAACUCUUAGCUUUCAGAAUUCUAGUGGAUAUUAUUAUUAGUC